AUGUCGAAGAGAAUAAUGAAUGAAGUGUUUUGCACGAUUGAAGACAUGGGUCUUCAAAUAUUUUACCAGGACUGUGAUAGCAUGCAUAUUUUCAAUGAAGACAUACCACGUUUAGCUCAAGAAUUUAAGAAGAGAUACGGUAGAGAACUUAUUGGUAAAACAUUAGGUCAAUUUCAUUCUGACUUUGCAGAAAUCACAAAAGAUAAACAAAGUUUAGCAUACAAGUCAAUAUUUUGUGGAAAGAAGACUUACAUAGACUUACUCACGAAUGAUUUAAAUGAAGUUGCAUUCCAUGCACGUUGUAAAGGUGUAAAACAAGACGUUCUUGCUUUAACAGCUAAUGAAAUGUUUCCUGAAGCUAUACAAUGCUAUUACAAUGAAGAUAAGAACAUUCACAUACCUGUUGGAACAUAUGACAAAGACUCUGAGUUCAGUUUAAUGAAACUUUACAAAGCACUUCAUGAUGGUCAAGAGAUUGGAUUUGACUUAUGUAAGUCUUCUAGUCCUUGCUUUGCUGAAAAGUUUAACUUUUCUAUUCAGACUAAGACUUCAUUCAUAAGAAAGCUUAAGUUCUGA